CUAGGGCAGUACACGCCCGCCCCAGCAUCAGCAUCGAACGAGUUCUCGCCCACCCUGUACUCGGUCGAGGAGGCAAAGCCGGCGGCGCCUGUGCAGCGCGCGAGCUCAUCGUCGGCCUCGAACAGGCGCGUGGACCGCCCAGAGGAGGACCACUACCCGCUGCAGCCCAAUCUGCUCCGCCAGCAGCCGCCCUACUCGGCCGAGUCGCCGUCGAGGCGUCUGCCAUUGUCAGGGCGCUCGUCAGGCGACGGCCGCUUCCGCAAAGCGUCGUCGGAGUGCUCAAGCUCCGCGGGCUGCUCGCCGCCGCCAACCUUUGGUUAGGUGCCCAAGGGGAGCACAGCGGGCAUGCUCAGCAACGACUCGGCGGUUGCGGAGGGCUCGGAGGAUGCCUGCACAGAGCUUAAGCCCUCUCUCGAAGCGCAGACUGAAUCAAUCGUCUACACCAUCCAGAGCGUGCUGUCCGGCGUCCGCUCGCCGACGCCCUCACCGAUGCCCUCGCCGACUGUCAAUGAGAACCUCACGCAGAUCAUCACGAUCGUGUCCAGCAUCGUCGCCGUCUGCCACGACAACCUUCCGCCCGCGUCGGCGCAGCAGGGGAACGACAUCCUGCGCGAGCUCAGCAACCACGCGAACAAGCUCAGCGAGGUCCAGGCCAUGCACGACACUCCCACGAUGCAACCUCGGACAGGGUUGACUCCGCGUGGCAGCAUUUUCGACGUCGAGUUCGGAAGCCAUUCCCAUCCCUAUCCCCAUCUUUAUGCCCAUGCUCAUCUCUCCAUCUGUCUUCUCGUCGUCCAUCUGGAAGUCACGCUCGUUGUCGGCCUACCGCUGACUGCACACCUCGCAAGUCCAGUGCCGCUGUCAAACAACUGCUCCAACGCUAAGUUCUUUCGGCUGCUCAGCACGUCCGCGUCCUCGCAGUAAUACGGCGAGUUGUCUCUGCCCGUGAUCAUGCCCCCGUCGCCGUCCUCCGCCCUUUUCCAGUCGCAUAACCGACUACGCAGUGCCUAGUGACAAGCUGGAUGCUCGAGCGCGACGCAGACGUCACGCUUUGGAUGAGCGGCUAUAUGCGCAUGUGCAAUUGCACUAGCAAACUCGCCUGAUGUUCCACUAAAUUUGCUGAGCACCCAGGCCAUGGCUCAGUUUUCUUUGCGUUGCCAAGCAGGCAUGAGAAUUAGUGCGGAGACCAACGAUGUAUACACGCGUCAGAAUUGCAGGCUGUUUAACUUCAAGCAGCCCAACCUUCAACACCUUCCGUGUCCGGGGAGCGUAUCCAUGCCAUCGCUUCCUGGCUCGAAUCUCUGCUCGAGCUCUCGCACAAGCUCCACGCCCGACAAGCUGCCGCUCGCUGCUCCUGUGUUUUCUUUGUUCUAUUCUUUGUUGUUCUUGCAUUUUCGCUGUUUUUUUUUUCAUUUUCGUUCUCUAGUGUCUCCUUACUCUUGACUUUGUGUCUUUCCCCUGUCCUUCUCGUCUGUCCGUCUGUCUGUCCGUCUACUGCUAAACGUUACAUGGUAGCUGGCAGCGGCUGAGCGCUGUGAACUUGUAUGAUAUCGCGCGUUGCGCCGUCUAUUGCUCUGAAAUGAUGAAACUACGGU